AUGGGGAAUAAGAGAAGGGCUGUAGCAUCUGGUGCUGCACAUUUCCUGCCGGAGGAGAUGAUGACAGAGGUGUUCCUACGGCUGCCCGUCAAAUCCAUUCUUCGCUUUCGGGCCGUCUGCUGGUCCUGGAAUGCAGUGCUUUCUUCUGAUGAAUUUUGCCGCCGUCACAUGGCGAAGGCUGAAGCGGAGUCAGCACCACCUAAUCUGUUCUUCACUUCACCAACAGCUGGUUUUGACGCCACUGCGGUGUACUCGAGCUCAUCAUCAGGCCCGGAUGACGGCCUGUUGUUCACUCUUGAUGGUGUACGCGGUGGUGACUUCAUCCACAUGACGCCUGCACCGUGCCGUGGCCUAAGCCUUCUCCACGAUCCUUUUGCACCAGCUUAUUAUGUCUUCAACGCAUCCACAAGGGCAGUUACCCGGUUGCCCCCGUGCCACAAUGCGUUGUGUGUGACCGCUGGACUUGGGUUUGAUGCCCGGACGAAGAAGUUCAAGGUGGUGAGGUUAUUCCUAGGGGAUUUUGGUGAUAAGCAGCAUAUUAAGUGUGAGAUAUACACGCUGGGCAGUGAUCAUGGGGAUUAUUGGAAGCUGCCUGCUGCAGGUGUACCCUUCAGAUUCUGCAGGGCUGCUCACGCAACUAUUAGCCAUGCUGGACAUGAUAAAGUGCUGCCGAUGAGAUCUUUGCAUGGGUCCAGUCGCCACCGUUUGAGGUGUCAGGUGUGCACUUGGUGGAGCUUGCUGGCCAUGUGUAUGGUUCGGGACCUUCGUCAUGUCGGCGUGCUGGAGAUUUGGAAGUUGAAUGACUAUGGCUCUGGUGGUUGGUCAUUGGAACAUCGCAUUGAUCUGUUGCAGCAUGUAAUUGAGCCUGAGAUUGUUAGAGUUAUUGGUUCUGUUGGCAGUUGUGGGUCCACGAAGAGGAUAGUCAUUGCUACAUCCAAACGCAAGGUGAUUGUCUAUGAUCCCGUGUCUCAUACUGUAGAAACUGCCACUGUAAUCAGAGAGACCCAUUCGUCUUACCAAGCUGAAAAGCUUGCUCUUACUAGAGUCUCCCUAUUUCAAUGGCUUACCUUGAUUGAGGGUAACAGUUUCAUGCGCUCUUAUCACUCGCAUAACAACAUGGACAAGAGGCCCAAGAUCAUGCUUGUGGGCAAGGGCAUCACUAGGGAUCGCAUCACUAGAGGAUCCGGCUUCAGUUUUACUCCCUGCUCAAAGUUGCUCCAACGUGCUCAUAGACAUGAUAUAUGGCUUGACACAAAAGUGGUUUGCUCCAAGCCUUGCCAUGGCAUGAACCUGCUAAGCACUGAGCUGAAGGAUUAUCUCUACAACCCCUGCACAGGUUUCCGCCUUGCGUACCACACUCGAGGGACGACAUCCAUCCAUGUACCCCCGAACCUUCCUAGCUGGAGUAUACCAGAAGGCCAUGGCCAUGCUUUCGCACUUGGCCGCAAGAAUGUUGGCCUGGGGUUCAAUCUGUCGACGCAGGAUCACGCGAUUGUUGAAAUGUUUUACCACGUGAAGGACUUCAAAUCCCGUCGGUAUUUCUUGACAUGCAUGGUUACCGAGUGUGGCCGGGGCACCGUGCAAGACUGCUCCCUGCCACCUCUGCCUGUGAGUGACAUGCCGCCAGCCUAUCUUGCAGGAGUGCUCUACUGGAUGAGUGAUCCAAGGUUGGGCGAAUGUGACGAGGGGGCCAUUGUGUCAUUUGACAUAACAACACGUGAAUUUGUUGUCAUCCCCUGUCCGUCAUGUAUUGCUAUGUGGAACAACGGAAGUGCUUCCAAUGCUUUUGUGGUUGAGCUUGAGGGAACAUUAUGUGCUGUUCUUGCAGACCCUAAUGCAGAAGAGCUAAAUAUUUGGAGGCGAGAGCAUGAUCAGUGGCAUAGCGCAUACACAGUGUAUUUGGAAGGUUGGCCAGGCUAUUCCCUUGGAGCAAAUGUUGUGGUGCCAUGGGCUAUCGAUCCCAAGGACGGGAAGAUCUUACUAAACACGGGGAGGAAAUUGGGAUUUUAUGAUCCAGCAAGGCGUUUUAUUGAGAAUCUGUAUGAUCUUGAAGAGGUGCUGCGUGUCUGGAGUACAGUGCAAUCCUCUCGUGUUGGAGUCCGUGGAAAUCUUCACAUUGCCAAAUACAAACAUGAUGUUGAGAAGUUCUGUUCACAGGAAUCGCUUUUGAUGCAGCACAAGGUUUUAGAUGAUCCUUCGCCUGCUUUAUCUGGGAACAGUUCUGCAUGCUCCGGCGGAGAGCAAUGUUUGGAGAGAAGAAAUUCAUUAUAUACUGAAGUAAUGCCCUUGGUCCCUAUGCUAUACGAGGAGAGCCUGACAAGCUUGGUUUGUAUUUAUUCUUGCGGGGGCAUUGAUGGCGCGUCGGCCCGCAUGGCUCUCGUGCCGGCGGCCUCGCCAGUUUCCAAGGAGGACCGUUUAUCUCCCUGCGGUGGCAGUGAUGACGGAGGGGCCAUUUCGCCUCCUGUGCUGGCGGCCACGGUGGGUUCCGAAGAGGACCGUUCCUCUCCCUACGACGGAUGCGAUGACGGACGUUUCGAGGAGGUUCGGGCCUCUCCCUGCGGCGGUAGGGAUGACGGACGGGACUCCUCCCCUCCUGUGCUGGCAGAUGCGGCGACCGAGCCCAAAGGGCUGCCCGAGGUCAUCAUGAGCCCCGAGGAGCGGUCAAUGGGAAACUCGUCUCGUGACCCGCCCCCUGAAGUCAAUGUGGCGGCUGCGGAUAAGCGUAAGGAUCAAGGGGUUGGAAGUCGAGCCCCCGGUAUUUUGGAUGCUUGGCUCGCAAGACUCAUCAUGCGUUCCCUUGGCAUUGAGUUGGAGCGUGAGCAUGUCAAUCAAAAGGUUGACAGUUGGAACAAGAAAUGUCUGAAGAGAUGGACCUUGCCAGAAAACAAGAACAAGACCAAGCAAUAUUUCAGGUACAGUUGGUAUCUGCAUUCUUCAAUAUGCCUGAAAAGGAGUCUGGGGGUGGGGGGUGCUAUGCUGGUGGGUGUGCCACUGAAGGAUGAUGAAUUCAAGAUUUACCCAAUGAACUUCCUGAACGAUAGGAUCCUGAAGGGAACCUUCUGGUGUGACUACAAACCGUGGACUGAUCUGACCAAUUUGGUCGAGAUGUACGUCAAGAAGGACUACAGUUGCCCAGACAAAGCAAAAAGUGAGCAGCUGGCAGCUCCGUCCAAGAGAGGAGAUUCAGGACACAGUAAAGAAGAUGGAACCCAUAAUGUCAAUGAAGGUCAUGAUGUUUCGUCCAAAGCAACCAUUGGUAGCCAAAAAGUUGGAGACAGUCCUCCACUCAGGCAAAGAGAUCGUUCUUUUGACAUAGCACUUCCUUGCAACAGGACUGACACUGGAGCAAUCGAUCGUGUUAAGGAGGACAAGAGCUUGGACGAAGGGAAAAAAUUGCAAGAAAAGCAAGAAAGAACCCCAAUUCUAGAGAAGAACGUGAAUAGUUGGACAGGAAGAUGGUGCCAGGGUGGCACCCUGUUUACCAUGAAGACCCAGGCCAGGGAAGGCAAGCAACAAAGCCUGGCCGGUCAUCCGAAGAACUUGAAGUUCAGUUCCCAAGCAUUGCAGCGAUGGCGAUGA